CAUAACGAAAGGAAAACUGAAAGGAUCGACAUAUUUUAAGAUUCCUCAGCCCAAAAAAAUUAAUCGAAUUUUAAAGUUACCUACUUACUAUCGAAUUGUAGCCAUGAGCAAGUCUAAUCUGUCCGGAAGAAGGAAGAUUGAGUUUUUAGAAAAGAUUUCUAAACAUCUGAAGGAAAUAUUCGAAAACAACCCAGAUAAAAUACCGCUUCAUAAAAAAUAUGCUGUAAAAAUUGAUAAUAUUCGUCCUUUUCUGAGAAAGAAUAAUUAUGAAGAACAUUUUGUCUCUGCAUUAGAAGAUUCAGUAGAAUAUCGAGUAAGUGAAGAAUACAUUUAUUUAAGUGCUCAUGAGGAAGAAUUCUCCAACUUUGGCAAGAAAAAUAACAAAAAGACAGAUACUAAAUCUAGUGAUAAAGAGCAUGCUAUUGAAGAAAAAGAAUCUAUGAAUCUAGAAAAACAGAAAAAAAAGGUUCUGGGCUUUUUAAAGCAUAUGACAACAAAGGGAUACAUAGAACGCAAAUUUAAACCAAACAAAGAAGGCUAUAUCGACUUACAAAAGUUUAAAAGCGUAGCAUCGGAACAAAAAAAAGAAUUUGAUUGGGAUUCUCUUAAUAGUUUCAUUAAAGAUGAAUUCGAAAUUAAAGGCAAUAUGAUUAAGGUUGGCGAGAAGAAGACUGAAAAAGAAGACUCAAUGGAGGCGCAAGCCGAAAUUGUACCAGUAGUAAUUAGUGAUACUAAAAUUUCUGAUAAAGAUAAUCGUAACAAGAGGAAAGGACUUUCUACGGAACCCAAUGCAAAGCUUCCUCGUCAAGAUGAACAGACAAAUCUAAAGGAAAUGGAAGAAAAGCUUGUUAAUUUCUUAAAUUAUGGUUGUAAACGUUAUCAUGUCUCUCAAUAUCAGGGUUUUGUAUAUUUGGAAGAUAUAGAAACUAAUAUAAAUAUAAGUCAACAAACAAUAAAAGAAAUAGCAAAUCGAAAUCCGAAAUUCGAACUUGAAGUAGAAGGCAGCACAAAUAAAGCCCAGAUUCGUAUUUUUAAAAGAGCACAUAAAGAAACACCAGUUGAUGUUAUGAUUUCCAAAAAAUUAUCUAGUAUUCUAAGACAUAAUGCUGAAAAUUGUGGUUUAAAAUUGGAUUCUGGUGGAUUCUUAUUUGUUAAUGAAAUUCUUAACCUACGUGAGUUUGUUAAGAACGAAAUAACGGAAAUGGAUAUAAAACGAAUUGUUGAGAACAAUGAAAAACAAAGGUUUUAUAUGACGACUGAUGAGACAACCAAUCAACUAAAAAUUAGGGCUAAUCAAGGACACUCUUUAAAUGUAGAAAACUUAGAAUUAGAAGAGGUCACUGUAGACACAAAUUUACGCUCUGUAAUACAUGGAACUUAUUGGAAAUUUUGGAAAUUGAUUGAGAAGGAAGGAUUGAAACGUCAACGUAGAAAUCAUAUUCAUUUCGCUGAAAGUGAUCCAUCAAGGAAUCAAGUAAUAAGUGGUAUGAGAUCUUCGUGUGACGUCACUAUUUAUAUCAACUGGAAGUUAGCUCUUGCAGACGGGAUCAAAUUUUUUAUCUCUGCAAAUAACGUGAUCCUUUGUCCUGGAGAUAAGGAUGGUGUUUUAUCUCCUAAAUAUUUUGAAAAGGUUCUGGAUAGAAAAACUGGCAAGGCUGUUUUUCCUUAA